AGACCGCAUAUACAGAGCUAAGCCGUGUGGGGUUGAAUGGUGUAAAUCUGGACGCUGUGUGGCUUUUCACUCUGUAAUCAUCUUAUUUAGCCACGCAUAAAAACGCAGAGAACCUCAGCCAGGAAGAACUGUUCGUCGGCUGAAUGUGUGCAGCAUUUACCGAUGCGUUAUGUGCCCAUUCGAGGAAACACUCACAAGCUUUAGGAGGUGUAAAGCAGUCCGUGUCCACAAAUGACCGAUCCCACAGCGAAGGAGACUGAGUGACCUGGUGCAAAACUACAGAAUGCUCUAAAGACAUGUCACCAUUUCCUAUUGUCCAUUGAACUCUUUUGCAGGCAUGCUAUAAGUUGGGACGUUGCAGAACAGGAGAGAUUUUCACCAUGAAGGGCCCCAGCUCCAAAUGGGCCUUCUCACUGGGCUUAGUGGUGGGAACCUGCAGCAUGUACUUCUUCCUGCAUCAGGUGUGGUUCGAGCGAAGCUACCCUGUGCUCUCUGAGGCUCAGGAGACAGCCACAGAAGCAGGGGAGCGGCCAACCAUUUGGAGGAGAGAAGGAGGCGCACUCAUCAACCUGCUCCACCCUCACCAAGCAGAUGAAGACAGCAAAGUGGCAGACAUGCUGUUCCAGAGGGUUCGCAUUCUCUGCUGGGUAAUGACGAGGCCGCAUAACCUCCAGAGCAGGGCCAGCCAUGUCCGAGCCACCUGGAGUCGGCACUGCAACAUCGUGGUGUUCAUGAGCUCUGUGGAAGACCCCUCCUUUCCCGCUGUGGGGCUGGGCACCAAUGAGGGCCGCGACCAGCUCUACUGGAAAACCAUCCGAGCCUUCCAGUACGUCCACGAGCAUCACGUGAAUGAAGCAGACUGGUUCCUCAAAGCUGAUGACGACACCUUCGUGGUGGUCGAUAACCUGCGUUGGCUUCUGUCCAACCACACUCCUGAAGAGCCCGUCUAUUUUGGUAAACGCUUUAAGCCGUACACCAAACAAGGCUACAUGAGCGGAGGUGCGGGGUACGUGCUCAGCAAGGAGGCCCUUAGACGGUUUGUCGAAGGUUUCCGGACCAAGGCUUGCACACACACCACCCCUGUUGAAGACCUGGCCUUGGGGCAGUGUUUGGAGAAGAUGGGUGUCCUGGCAGGGGACUCUAGAGACACGUUGCAUCGGGAAACCUUCCACCCGUUUGUGCCGGAGCACCACCUCACCACAAAGUUCUCCAAGAGCUUCUGGUACUGGAGUUAUUGUUUCUACCCGAUUGUUGAGGGACCACAGUGCUGCUCGGACCUGGCUGUGUCAUUCCAUUAUGUGGAAGCACAGCUGAUGUAUACUCUGGAGUAUUACACCUACCACCUGAGAGCUUAUGGCUACGUGCCACGCUACCUGCCCUCCGCGCACCGCAGGCCGAGACUCCACCCCCAGACGAAGACGGCCGCUGCUGUGGGCGUUAAAGUGUCUCAGGAGGUGAUGGACACAACCAGUCGCGCAGGCCCUGCUCUGCUUGUCAACAGAAACCAAACCGUAGAACAGACACUAGCAGAGAGGGGCAGGAGAGAAGACGCCGAUUUUAAUUUACCCAUAAAUAAGACUGUAAGCGCACAAGGCAGUCGUCGCUGAUUCCCUACUCUGCUGAAGGAUCUUCGACUGCAGUGGAUCUGAUCCGGUUACAGCUUCUUCCACAUCCAUGAUGAUCAAGGUGAUCAAAGCCAGGAUGGAGCCUUUUUGCCCUCAAAACGUUUGCUGCUCUGUGAAGUAUAUUGGCCAUGGUAAUAUUAUAAUACCCCCUUGGAUAUAAUUCUCAGAAUAUUUCACAGUAUUUCUCAGACAGCGCUCCCAGUGGGAGUGGAGACAAAUUAAUUAUGGCUCAGUGGCAGCUGCGUAUUGCCUGGGUAUAUUUUUACCUAAUGUAAAAAACAUGCUUUUUGCUUAAUCAUGUUUGACUGCGCCUGGGUUUGUGACCCAAUCAGCGAUUUUUGUAGUGAUGCAGAAACAUUUUCACUUAUGCCAUUAUUAAUUUAAUUUCAUUUUUCUUAUUAAAUGGAGAGCAGCGGUACAUUGUGAAACUGUGAAGUAUCCAGGAUUUUUAUGGCCACUUUGAUUUUAAUUAGUGAUGAACUUCUUUUUUCCAUUUUAACCUUUUAAACCACAUGCAUAAAUAAACUUUGAAAUACUGUGAGAUCCUGGUCACCUUUCUGUGUUGAAUUCUAGUUUGUUUUCAUUAGCAGCUCGAUAUUUAAUACGUGCAGAGCGAUAAUGUUUGAUGCAGCAGCAACUGUGCUGCAGAGAUGCUUUUUGACUCUGACGCAAAGCUCCAAAGUCCUAAUGUGCAUUUAAAAGCAAGCUGUUCUGUUUCAGAGUGGCAAUAAAUAUAAUUACACAUUUUCAGUGAAUCCCAUCAUGUGAUGUCAUAUUGUCUGAAUUUCCAAAUCACAAGCGUGCAGAAAGAUUCACCAUCAUUCAAUGAUGAUGAUUAAAAAAAAUAGUACUGCCAAUGGAUUAAAGAUGUAAUCAGAUUAAUCACACUGCAACGCUGUGAUUAAUCACUAUGAUUAACAUUGUAAGCCUGAAAUACAUUAUGCAUGCAGUUGUGGAUCUUGAAGGAAUGGUGCCCUGGGCAAGCCCCUCCUUCUGGUGCACUCCAAUCAAUUACAAUGCAAGUAAUUA